UAAGCUCUCAGGUUACCUUUAAAAACACUUCUCUGAAGCGGACCGAGUUCCGCGCGCCUGUUUCUCUCCACCUUCCAUUCACGUUUCUCCACCAAACAUGACGGGUUUGUGGCUUCUGGCUCUGCCGCUCAUAACUUCAGCCAUGGGUGCUUCCGAACACGAUGAGGUCCAGUUUAAGUUCUGGAUGACGCAGCACAAGAAGGAGUACAGCAUGAUGGAAUACCACCAGAGACUGCAGAUUUUCACUGAGAACAAGAAGUUGAUAGACAAACACAAUGAAGGAAAUCAUUCAUUCACAAUGGCACUGAAUCAGUUUUCAGACAUGACAUUUACCGAGUUCCGCAAAGCUUUCCUCUGGUCUGAGCCGCAGAACUGCUCAGCCACCAGUGGAAACCACCUCAGCAGCAAAGGGCCAUACCCAGACUCCAUAGACUGGAGAAAGAAGGGAAACUACAUAACACCAGUUAAGAAUCAGGGAGCUUGUGGUAGCUGUUGGACUUUUUCCACCACUGGUUGUCUGGAAUCUGUCACAGCAAUCGCCACAGGAAAGCUCUUAUCAUUGUCAGAACAACAGCUGGUCGACUGUGCCCAAGAUUUCAACAAUCAUGGAUGUAACGGGGGUCUUCCCAGUCAAGCAUUUGAAUACAUAAUGUACAACAAAGGACUAAUGACGGAGCAGGACUACCCCUACACAGCCAUGGAAGAUAAAUGUAUGUAUAAACCAUCAUUGGCGGCUGCUUUUGUGAAAGAAGUGGUGAACGUCACAGCGUAUGAUGAGAUGGGGAUGGUGGACGCCGUCGCCACUCACAAUCCUGUCAGCUUUGCGUUCGAAGUAACCUCAGACUUCAUGAAUUACCAUCAGGGUGUAUACACCAGCACUGAAUGCCACAGCACUGCAGACAAGGUAAACCAUGCUGUGCUCGCUGUGGGCUAUGGACAAGAGAAUGGUACUCCGUACUGGAUUGUAAAGAACUCCUGGGGGUCUAAAUGGGGCAUGGAUGGAUACUUUCUCAUUGAACGUGGGAAGAACAUGUGUGGCCUUGCUGCCUGUGCCUCUUUUCCUGUGGUUUGACUUUUUUCUUUAACUGUAAUUAGUAGAAUUCCUUUAAAGUUUUUAAAAGGUAAAAUCAAUUUUAUGUGUGUUCAGUCCCUAUUUGUAUAUUAUUUUUUACACAAGAAAUUCUGCACUAAAAUGGAAUCAUAUAUAACUAUAUUGUUAAUUUUAUACUACUUAAGUAUAAUAAAACAAAUGAAAAAGAUCAAAAGGAAACGUGAGUUUGAAUAAAAGUAAAGUUACUUUGAUUUUAUUGUCUAUUCAUAGUUUAUUUCA